ACAGCGCACGGGUGCCAUUUUGUUGGCUUUCUCACUCCCGGGUUGUGUUGUGUCUAGCCAGGCGGCUGAUAGCCAGGCCCCGCUGCACCACAUCAUUCACAGCAGUCCGGUGGAGUUCAACGGGGGGAGCAGAGAAAGGGAAACCCCCACCCGGACAACGACAAUAGCGAUGUGACACGGCGACUAGAACAGAUAGCAGAAGAGGAAAGAGCAAAUCCUGAUGAAAUUUUAGCCACUCUAGAGAUUCCUGAUGAUAAAACACCAGAGAGGAUGGAGAAAGGAUGCACUAUGGUGGGUGAGAUGGUAGAAGAUUGUAGAGAACAAAAUUCUGAAGAGCAGCAUGAAACUAAUAUACUAUCAGGACCAGCACGUGUUACUGGAGAAAAGGGAACCACAGCAGAGGGUUCAGGAAAAGCUCAUAGUUCGGUUCCUGUGGAGACUCCCUCUGAAGACCUCCAGCUAUUGGCGCAAUACAUGAUCAUCACAGACACCUACCAGGAUGAGGAUCAUUCCUUAGCUGAGCUGCAAGUGGAGGAUAUGAUUACACUGGAUAUGGACAAUGAUGUGCAGCUGAAUGCACCCAAGAUGGACUCUGCACAACUCAUGAUGGAAAGCGCAGGCAUCAAAAAAAUGUCUGUGACUGGAAACGCACGUGCGAUAGGAGAAUUGAGCUUUGAGAGUACAGAGAAAGAACAUUAUCCAGGAACUGAGCAGAACAAUGGCAAAACCGUAAAAGAUGAAGGUUUUGGCAAAGCCAACAAGAAGGAUCGUUUGAUUGUAGUUGGCUGUGAACCAAAUAAGAGCUCAAUUAGGGAUGGCAAGCAUGUUAAUAAUGAAGUUAAUCCAUUGAAAGGACUCUCUGACAGCCAUAGGACUUCAGAUGCCAUGGACAAAAACCAGGUGGAUCUGCAGGCUGAAAGUGAGCUGAAAGAUAACAAAAGGUCUGCAGAGGAGAAAGUUAGAAGUUUGACAGGUUCCAAACCAAGUUGCGAAUCCAAAGUUGACAAUGACCGUGGACAAUCUAGAGACAGGCCAUCUGUUCAUGGGAAAAGCAAUAACCAAACUAACAAUCAAGGAAGUUCGAGGAAGCAGGACAAUGAUGAUGAUAGAAAGGACAGACACAGAGAGAAGGAUGAUCACAAACACAGAUCUUCACAUUCAAGAACUCGAAGUUCAGAGAGAAAAAGGAUAGGGAGAGGAAGGAGUCGAAACUCAGAGAGGGGAAGGAGUCGUUGGAGCUUGGAGAGGAGGAGGAAAAGUCGGAGCUCGGAGGGGAGGAAGAGGAGUCGAAGCUCAGAGAGGGGAUGGAGUCAUUGGAGCUCAGAAAGGCGAAGGAGGAGUCGGAGCUCUGAGAGGAGGAGGAGUCGAAGUUCGGAGAGACGGAGGAGGAGUAGGAGCUCGGAGAGACGAAGGAGUAAAGAAAGGAGGCGGACUUCAAGAUCCAGAAGUUGUCAUAGAAGAUCUUCCAGCAAAAAGAGAGAUUCAUAUAUAGAGAAAACUCGUGAGCUGAAGGAACAACCAUGGAGGUUGGAUCCGAAGGAAGCAUUGUGGGCUUUUGAAAGACGCAGAGAGCGUGAAAUAUGGGAAGAAGAAGCUAGAGAGUUAUUAGAAAGGGACCUUGAUCGACUCCAGCUUGAGAGGAUGUGUCUUGAAAGAGGGAGACUGGAUGAAUCUUUUCCGAUAAGGCAGAGGUUAUUGUUAGGGGAGGCAGAAAAGCAAACACAGGAACGAACUUACCGACAGAGGGAAUGGCUGCUACAGAAAAUGUGCUUGGAAGAAGCUGUAAAACGACAGUUUUUUGAUAUUGGACCACAUGGAGCAUGGGAACGAGAAACAAAACAAGAGUGGGAAGGUAGAGAAUUGGACCAAGUAAAGUAUGAAAGAUUACGUCUUGACAGAAAAACACUGGAACCUGAGACACAGGAAAGGUUACCAUUCUUCUUAGGUGGGGUAAGGAGAACAAUGCAGAGCAAGUGUAAAAGGGCCUUGCAGACAGAUUUUGUCACUGUCUUUCUCCUUGUUAAAUUUCUGAGUUGUGGCUGCUGUUUUGGUUUGAAUGUUACUUUUUGAAACUUCGCUGCAAAUGUUAAUGAAUGAAUUCCGAUGAACUCAGUUAUGUAAAUAUUGCUUCCACUCUUGAGGCUUACCAUGACAUGCUAUAAAAUAUGAAGAUUGGGUAAAAUGGCUUGUUUUGUGUCCUUUAGUUUUACUG